AUGACGUUAAUAAAUGUUCGAACGAUCCGAUCUCCGCUUCUCACGGGUUAUGCAGUGCCAUACGAUUUCUAUCGGACCGAGGCUACAUCUCAGGCGCUGUUCUUAGUGGAUUUUCUGGUACACCACCAUUGCUCAGCCCGCCUCGAGCUCAAGGACAUGAAGCGGUACGUCUCGUUAUUCAAUUAUUAUGAGGAACCUGCUGUGCAAACAAGGCGUGUGUUACUUGAGGGCAACGUCUCCGCCGUUACUCAACUCAUGCAGUCCCAACCGAGAAUCGUUUUCCCGCGAACGGAUCUAUCUGCCCCCCGGCAAUAUAGCGGAAGCCGUGCGACGCGUCUUCAGAAGACGACCCCAUUCACUCUAAAGAAAUCGUUGCUCACUCCUGGCAAGCGCGCUACUGAAUUGGAGUCAACAAGUCUAGGAUCUGCUGUUGCCAGUAGCUCUGCAUCUUUUGAGGAUCAUUCCGUUCGGCCGCACGAAAUACAGGAUGAAGCCUUCGAUUCUCCGCUCGACGAUUUCUUCGUGCCGGAAAACAGCGUCUCUUUCACCCCUAUAGACCAGACACCAAUCGUCGGCCGCAGUGUCGGCAUUCACGGCACCACGACAAUCCAUCGCCUGCCAGGCGGAUUUUGGAUCAAUCCGGCCUCCGCAGCCGAGCCUAUCGACGUAUGGGACGAUUUUGAUGUGAUAUCUCAAGUUGCGCGCGAAACCGAUUCCGAGGCGGCAAUCGAAUGGGACUCCGAAUUCUGGGAGCAAAGUAGCACGGUCGAAAUUGGCCCGAACGAGCAUCCGGUUGGCCUCAAGCCAAAUGAACAAUACGACGUCAAUAAUAGUGCGGCAGUCCGGGAACUUCUGGCCCUAUCCCGCGAAAUGGCAGAUGAAGAGGACAUGACACUUCAU